AUGAAGCCCCUACACAUUCGUGCCGAUGUUGAUAGUCUCAGAUCAAUUUUCACCAAGUAUGCAAGUGUCAAGAAGGGAAAUGAUUAUUACAUGAAUUCUGUCGACUUUGGUGUGAAAUACCUUGGCUUAUUCGAUCCUGAAAACUACAAUGAAGCUUCUGUCAAUCUGAUAGCUGGUGCUGUCGAUACUACAAAAGAUGGGCUUAUUUCGUUUGAAGAAUUCAUGGCGUUUGAAGCUCUACUCUGCACUCCUGACGCUAUGUAUGCAACGGCCUUCCAAAUAUUCGACAAAACUGGGACGGGCUUUGUUAGUUUUAGUGAGUCAUAA